UGUUUUUCAUAGACACUCAAACUUUGAAAGAUAAAUUUCCUUUGUUUUUUCCUCAUCGAAUCAAUUCUUGUUGUCCUGUUUCAAUCCUAUUAGGGUUUUUGGCUCUCGAGGGUUUAAUCAGAUUGGUUGGUUCGUUAACUUAAAGAAUCCUUUUCUUGACUUGGUUCGAUUCAGAUUUUUAUUAGGGUUUUUGUUGGAAUUUGAUGACCCAUAACAACAAGUGAAUGAGAAAUGGAGACUAAAGGUGGUAAAAAGAAGUCUAGUAAUAGUAGUAGUAGUAGUAGUAACAGUCUUUUCUACGAAGCUCCUCUUGGAUACAUCAUUGAAGACGUUAGACCUAACGGUGGAAUCAAGAAAUUCAGAUCUGCUGCUUACUCAAACAUCACUCGCAAACCAUCCUGAUUUUCUUCAAUACGUUUUCCUCCUAACCACUUACUAACUGUGGUUGAUCAACGUUCGCGAUAAAUCUUCGUUCUUUCUUGUUUUGUUCUCCUUCAAAACUCAUUUUUUGACGGCCUCUUCUUCCUCUUUGUAUUCGUCUUUUGGAAAAUGGCGGUCUCUGCUAUUGGUUUCGAAGGAUUUGAGAAAAGGCUCGAAAUUUCAUUCUUUGAGCCUAGUGUCUUUCUUGAUCCCAAAGGAAAUGGUCUUCGUGCUCUUACUAAAUCCCAUUUAGAUGAGAUCUUGACUCCAGCAGAGUGCACAAUUGUUUCCUCUCUCUCAAACUCUUUGGUCGACUCUUACGUGCUCUCUGAAUCUAGCCUCUUUGUCUAUCCUUACAAGAUCAUCAUCAAAACAUGCGGGACUACGAAACUUCUCUUUUCGAUCCCGCAUAUCCUUAGUCUGGCUGAUUCACUUUGCCUUACUGUCAAAUCUGUCCGCUACACUCGUGGUAGCUUCAUUUUCCCGGGAGCUCAAUCUUACCCUCACCGUAGCUUCUCAGAGGAAGUUGCUUUACUUGAUGGCUAUUUUGGUAAGCUCAAUGCAGGAAGCAAAGCUUUUGUCAUGGGAGGGUCAGAUAAUAACCCUCAGAGAUGGCAUGUCUACUCUACUUGUUCUGCUUAUGAAUCUGAUGUGGCUUGUGACAAACCCGUGUAAACAUUGGAGAUGUGCAUGACUGGUUUAGACAAGAAAAAAGCUUCGGUGUUCUUUAAAACCAAUUCGGUUUCAGCUUCUGAUAUGACUAUUAGCUCAGGGAUUAGAAACAUCCUUCCAGCCUCUGAAAUCUGUGAUUUUAACUUUGAUCCUUGCGGUUACUCGAUGAAUUCAGUUGAAGGAGAUGCAGUUUCAACCAUCCAUGUGACUCCGGAAGACGGAUUUAGCUAUGCAAGCUUUGAAACAGUUGGGUAUGAUCUAAAGGCUUUGACCUUUGAUCUUAAGGAGUUGGUGGAUAGGGUUCUGGUUUGUUUUGAACCAGAAGAAUUCUCUGUAGCGGUGCAUGCUAAUCUUGGAACCGAGCUAUUGGCGUGUGAUUGUAUAGUUGAUGUGAAGGGAUACUUGAGCCAAGAGAGAGGACUAGAGGAGCUUGGACUUGGAGGUUCGGUUGUCUACUAGAAAUAUGUCAAAUCUGUUGAAUGUUGCUCACCAAUAUCUACUCUUGGGUUCUGUUGUAAAGAGGACGAAGUGGUUAAAGAAGAAGAAUGAUGCUCUUUUUUUUAAAGGUUCUUUUGUGUUUUGUUUUCGAAUAAGAGAGAACAUGUUAUGUUCUGAUGAAAGCAGUUCUUGUUUGUGUUUUUGAAGUUUGUAAUUGUUCUGUUCUCUGGUUUACUACACCAGAAAGAUUUUAUAUAUGUUCUCUUCUUUGUGGUGUGUAUAAGCUUUGAAGAUCUUUUA